AUGGCACAAAACACAACCAUCCCAAUCAAUGUGGGGGUGGUUCUUGACUUAGAUUCCCGGUUAGGGAAAAUAGGGUUGAGCUGCAUCAACAUGGCCCUCUCUGACUUCUAUGCCUCUCAUUCUAACUACAGUACUAGACUGGUGCUGCACACAAGGGACUCCACGAGAGAUGUUGUUGUUGCAGCUGAUGCAGCGCUAGACUUAAUAAAGAAUGUUGAAGUGCAAGCCAUCAUAGGGCUAAAAUCAUCAAAGCAAGCCAACUUUGCAAUUGAUCUUGGAGAUAAAGCUCAGGUGCCCAUAAUCUCAUUUUCAGCAACAAGCCCUUCUCUUCGGGGUUCAUAUUUUUUCCGAAUUGCACAGAAUGACUCAUCUCAGGUUAGAGCCAUAAGUACCAUCAUCCAAGCCUUUGGUUGGAGUGAGGCAGUGCCCAUCAGCGUGGACAAUGAGUUUGGGGAGGGAGUGAUACCUUACCUGACUACUGCUUUGCAAGAAGUAGGUGCCCGUAUCCCUUAUUGGAGUGUCAUUCCUUCAAAGGCCACUGAUGACCAAAUUGUUGCAGAGCUUUACAGGUUGAUGUCAUUGCAAACCAGGGUCUUCAUAGUGCACAUGUUGCCUUCUCUAGGCUCUCGGUUUUUUGCCAAGGCAAAAGACAUUGGCAUGAUGGAGGAAGGUAAUGUUUGGAUAACGACGAAUGGGAUGGCUAACUCUUUUAGUACCUCCAGCUCUUCUGUCGACAUAGAUAACAUGCAAGGGGUGUUAGGUUUAAAGACUUAUGUUCCAAACACAAAAGAGCUUGAAAAUUUUAGAGCUAGAUGGCAAACAAAAUUCCAACAAGACAAUCCAACUAUCCUUAACGUUAAAUUGGAUGUUUUUGGACUUUGGGCUUAUGAUGCUGCUUGGGCAUUAGCCCUGGCAGUUGAGAAGGUUGGGGGUACAAACUUCAGCUUCCGAAAGAUGAACAGUUCUCAUAAUUCCACUGAUCUGGGAAGCUUAGAGGUCUCUCAAGGCGGUCCUGAACUUGUCCGAGAGCUAUCAAGUACAAGAUUCAGAGGCCUUUCAGGAGAUUUCAGCCUUAUUAAUGGGCAACUACAAUCAUCAACUUUUCAGGUAGUUAAUGUGAACGAUAAUGGGGAAAGAGGAAUUGGAUAUUGGACACCCCAAAAUGGACUUGUGAGGAACAUAAUUUCAACUAGAAACACAAACAGAUACUCUACUUCUAAUGCCAGUCUUGGACCUAUUAUAUGGCCUGGAGACACCACUUUGGCUCCAAGGGGCUGGCAGAUUCGCCCGAAUGGGACCAUAAAAGUUCUGGUCCCAGUGAAGGUAGGGUUUGAAGAAUUUGUAACUGUGAGACAUGAUUUUAGCACUAACACAACCAAGGUCACUGGAUUCUGCAUAGAAGUUUUUGACGCUGUAAUGAAAGCAUUACCAUAUCCUGUUCCUUAUGAGUUUUAUCCCUUUGCAAAACCUAAUGGGAAGAUUGCUGGCCGGUACAAUGAUUUGGUCAAUCACGUGUUUCUUGGGAACUACGAUGCUGCAGUUGGAGACAUAACUAUUAGAGCAAACAGAUCCUUGUAUGUUGACUUCACAUUGCCAUUCACAGAAUCUGGAAUAUCAAUGGUGGUGCCUAUCAAAGGCAAACAUGACGCUAAAAGCACAUGGGUGUUCUUGAAGCCCUUGACAUGGGAUCUUUGGGUUACAAGCGGCUGUUUUUUCAUAUUCAUUGGUUUUGUGGUCUGGUUUCUUGAACAUCCGAUAAAUGAAGACUUUCGUGGGUCUCCACAUCACCAAAUUGGCACAAGCUUUUGGUUCGCCUUCUCAACCAUGGUUUUUGCACACCGGGAACGAGUAGUGAGCAACUUGGCUAGGUUUGUAGUGAUCAUAUGGUGCUUUGUUGUCCUGGUACUGACUCAAAGCUACACUGCCAGUUUAUCAUCAAUCUUAACAAUUCAACAGCUCCAACCAAUAGUUACUGAUGUGAAUCUUCUCUUGAAGAAUGGGGACAAUGUUGGCUACCAAGCAGGUUCUUUUAUUUAUGAGAUUUUGAGCCAGCUAGGAUUUCAGGAUGAUAAACUUAGAACUUAUAGGUCCGCAGAAGAAUUGGAUGAACUUCUUCGAAACGGGAAUGAAAAUGGAGGUAUUUCUGCAGCUUUUGAUGAAACCCCCUACAUGAAACUUUUUCUUGCAACCUAUUGCUCAAAAUAUACCCUUGUUGAGCCAACAUUCAAAGCCGAUGGUUUUGCCUUCGUCUUCCAAAAAGGUUCACUUCUGACACUAGAUGUUUCAACGGCAAUCACUCAAGUGCACGAGGGAGAUAAAAUGAAGGCCAUCGAGGACAAGUGGUUCAAGAAAAAAGCGAGCUGUUCAAACCACAACACCGCUGGCUCUUACGACACUCUUAGCCUUGAUAGCUUUUGGGGCCUCUUCAUUGUUGCUGGUGUUGCUUCAUCACUAUCUCUCCUCAUAUAUGUAGCUAUGUUCCUCUAUGAGCAUGGCCACAUCUUGACAUGCGUUGAUUCAAAAGCCUCAUUUCGGACAAGAAUUUGUGAAGUACUAAGAGCAUAUGACCAAGAAGACAAGAAAAGCAAAAAAGAUAAUGUUCAAGGAAUCCCUGCGGUUGAAUCUUCACCGAACACCAACUGUCUCUGCCUCAGAAGGCCAUCAAGAUCAAGGCACCCAUAUAAGAUUGUACCAGAAAUCGUUCUUGAAGAGGAAGGAACAACUUGUACUCAGCAUAGUGAGUUGAAUCCGAAUGUUCAAGCAACCCAAGAAAUUGAAUGUGCUAUCGAGUUAACGGCUAUAACAUAA